UUGGGAUUGGUCAAACCAGUCACAAGAUGAUGUGAAGUGAGAGGAAAAAACACAUUGUUGGCGUCUCUUCCAUUCAGAUCAGCAGCUGCAGCUUCAGGGUUUUAACUCUACGACAAUGAGUGAAUCACUGGUGGUGUGUGAUGUGGACGAAGAGCUGGUGAAAAAGGUGAAGCAGUUCCGUAUGCGGAAGGAGACUAAUAAUGCUGCCAUCGUUAUGAAGAUUGAUAAAGAUAAGCAGCUGGUUAUUCUUGAAGAGGAAUAUGUGGACAUUUCUCCUGAUGAUCUGAGGGAUGAACUGCCGGAGAGACAGCCCAGGUUUAUCGUCUACAGCUAUAAAUACCUCCAUGAUGAUGGACGCAUUUCCUACCCUCUCUGCUUCAUCUUCUCCAGUCCAGUGGGUUGCAGACCAGAGCAGCAGAUGAUGUACGCAGGAAGCAAAAACCAACUGGUGCAAACGGUUGGAAUGUCCAAGGUGUUUGAGAUCAGAAACACAGAGGACCUAACGGAGGAAUGGCUCAAAGAGAAACUCGUGAUCUUCGGCUAAACUAAUCUCAUCCGGUGGUCUGGGAUGUGAGGAGGAUCCAGAUUGCAUAUCUCUUGGGGAGAACACACUACAGUUAACGUUUCCCUCCUCCCUGUACCAGACCUGAUUUAAAUAGUGUUAGAAAAUACCUUCUGUACUCAGUUUCAAGCCUCUUUGGUAGAGUUUAUAGUAAAUUACAAUUCAGUGUGGCACUAACUAAACCUCACCCAUCUGGCAGCUGAAAACUAAAAACACUAUUUGACUCCGGUCUGCUCUAGUCUCCCAUAAAAUCAUCAAUGUGCCAGUUAUGUGUCUGUAUUGAAUUAACACCCCCGUAGCUCUUAAAGAGGACAUUCAUUAAAUUAGUUCUCAUCCUCCCUUCCUCAGCAUCUUCAUCCAGGAGAAUUUUAAAGGCAUUGUGACAAUAGUUUCUGAAACAUUCAGUAGUUUACACUUAGCGUUUUUUCUCUCUUUUGAUUCAACUUUUUAUGUUUUUAAAAAAACAUUCAUUAUUUGAAGGAGUCUUAGUUUUUGUUUUUUGUUUCUGGUGUUUGUAGAGUAAUGUAAGCAUAUACUUUAUAGCAGUAAUUUCCUUUGUGGUGCAAACUUCCUGCCAGAACAUCUGACCAACCAUAGUUACGUAGUUUCAGUCUUUUUCCUUCAGUAUUCAUUUAUUACAUUAUGAUUUAAAAAAACUGUAAUCACUCAAGUCUAGAAAGGACAAUAACACGAAGACCAAUCAUAAGACUUACAUGUGAUGUGUUGUACCUUCUCCUGUGCACAAGAACGAGCUGGCAGACGCUUUCGGGUGGUGCUUAUCACACUGCAGAUUUGUCCGUUACUCCAUCCUCAGAUCACACCUUUUCAUCUGUUUGGAGAGAAAACAGUGUGACUCAAUCUGUAAAGCUGUAUUCUGCCUUUGACCUGCAUAUCUGCUACAACGAUAUCACACUCCUGUAAACAAUUCUUCCACUGAAACAUUCCAGACUGAGCAAUCUAUUACUAACAACAAACCUCCGUCUCCGGAGACCAUGACAGUCAUAAAAACACUGCACACAUGGGGUGGAGGUGGGGGGUGGGCAUUACCUGCCCUCUUUUUAAUCUACUGGGCUGCUCUGUUUAAGUGGGUCACUGUGUCUUUAGGAAGAUUGUUAGCUAAUAUUGUGCAUCAUAGCUAUUGCUGUUAUUAGUGUUGAUGAAUGUUGUGCUUCAUUCUGAUUGCUUAUUGGUGGUCGCAGCUUGACAAUGACAGCUGUGACUUUUCCAAAUGCCAGUUGUGCUUCACAUUAAGACUUUGUAGGUGAUUUCCAAUCUUCCAUACACAACAAGGUUUGACCAGUAUAGCUUUAUGAAGGCUGAUAUUGAUAUUUGCUUAUUGAAUGUGCCAGCAGCUGAUAUCUAAUAUCUAUUUAUACAAUUACAUUACUAUGAAAUGAAACACAUACUGAAGGUUAACAUGAAAUAUUUUUUGAUUUUCACAUUUCAAAUCCAAUGUGUUGGAGUAUAACAUAAAAUGUGUCACUUUCCAAACACUCUGUGUGUAUUUGGCUAUUUUUCAUGCCCAAAAGUAACAGCUCUUCCAUGUUUUCUGCUGUUGAUCCUCGAAAAACAACAUUUAAACAAUCCAACACACUCAAAUGUUAAACCAGUUGCUAGUACUUUAAGGAUUAGUGGCUCUUAACAGCAGGGAGACCAGCCUCUGAUAGUUAAAGCUACAAGAAAUGCACUUAAAAUCUGUAAAGAAAUACUUGUAUUACUGAUGCUACAGGCUGGUUUUGUGGGAGAGGUGAGAGAGAAACUUCCAUUAUGCAGAUUUCUGAUCCAUAAUAAAAGCUUAAUAUCAGCUCUGUAUAUUGAUCUGACUUUAAUAAAGAAUAAUAGGCACAAAUGAUAUCCAAAUGUUCCCUUAUCAGCUCUUAUUAGAAACUGUGUGUAAAACAGAUGAGGGAGUGUUGUGGCUGAUUUAAAGCCCCCUACCUUCAGUAAUGUAUGAUGUCAUACUGCUAAGUCUACCAUACCAAUGGCGUGUCUUAAGUUUUUAUUUUGUCAUAUAAACGUCUCUUUAAAAAACAACAAAAAAAAUGUUGAGACCAAAAUGUAAACAUGUCACAAAUUUGUUUUGCGGAAAAAAUAGAAGGUGAUUGGAGAAGCUUUGUCGGGGGAUUAUUUUUUCUUCUAAUUUUCUGAUCUGUAAAGUCAGAUCUGACUCAACUGUAAUCAUUGACACCAUCAAAGUUAAGAUUUACAAUGUCAGCUCGACAUUAGUCAUUAUGCUGAUAAGGCAAAAAAACAUGACUCCAACGUAAAUGAUUCUUUUGAAGUUUUAUGACCCUAUGACCUGCAAAAACCCUUUCAAAUCUCGCUGUAAAUUCUCUAAAUUGCACAGUCAGUCUGCACUCAAUGAUGUCUGUCUCUAUAUUUAUUUUGAAACAUGCAAUGUACUUAUAUUCUGAAUCUAAAUUCUUAAAAUCUCUGAAAUGUGGCGAGCUACUGUAAAACAAAUGCAUGCUUCAACGUAUGUCUGAAUGGUUUUUCUAACGCCAUAUAUUCAAGAAUCUGCUGCUUUGUUGCAUGCAUUUUGAAUUAAUCAAUUAAUUUGAAUAGACUGAAUUUAUUUGCACACAAACACUUGCAUUUCAAACUUCCGGUCUCAGCUGUGCUCUUUAUCUGAAAUAUUACUGACCAUACUUUCUUUAAAUAAAAAACUGUACUGCUAUUUUUCAUAGAAAUGGGUUGUAAUGGACUGUCCAUUGAUCAUGUAACAAUAAAUAAAAUCAACCUCAGUAUAUGGUCUACUUAACUAAGUGUUCCCUUUGGUUUUGAGCCAUUUAUCUGGUCCAGCUUUCCCUCCUCUGUGGUGAAGUUGUUGUAUAUUUGGCUUCUUGACUCUUUUACUUUAAACUUGCAAAUGUGUCGUCCUUGGCGUCCUCUCUAAUCAAAUGCUUACUAUUCUAUUUUAUUUCCUUUUUAAUGAAAACACACCUGAGACAUGCAUCAUUACCAGCUGCCUCAUGGCAUCAGUGAAACUUGAGAUAUUUGUAUUUUCCCAUACUUUAUAAAGUGUCUAUUGUCCUAUUGUUCAAAUAA